AUGGCCUACCAACCGUCCUCGCACUUCGCACCCGCCAGCAAUCGGCGCAGAAUGGGCGGGACAGGGGGCGAAUGGCCGGGAAAAGGCUGGGGCGGGGGAGUUGAAAGCGCAAUCGGGCAGCAGAUGCAGGCUGUACUUGGCUGGCUGGCUGGCCGACCGGCCGGCCAACCAGCCGCUCGGACCACUAACGCUUCAGCGGCGGUGAAAAAGGCUAGCUGGCGGCCACCAGCUCCUUGUCACUCGUGCUCCCGCUGUGCCGCCGCCGCCGCCGCCACUGCUGCCGUUCUGCUGCUCGACUCGACUCUGCUCCCGCGUGAGCUGCCGCCACUGAAGCUGCCGCUGCGACCACCGCUCGAACUCACUCCGCACACCCGCCCGCAGCACUCCGCGCCUCUCUCGCCUUUGCCAGCGAGCAAACGGACGAACGAACGGCGAACGAGCGACCGACUCAGCCAGCAGCUACGAGCAAACCCACCACUACUCCCGUCGCCGCCACCGCCGCUGCAGCAACCGCCGCCGCCGGCAGUGGCCUCGCUUGCUCACAAGCAGCUCGACUUCGCUCGCCUCGCGGACGCCCGCCAUACCCACCUACCACUCGCUCGGGUCGUUGGCGCGGCUAGUUCUCCCCUCGCCCCUCGUCGUACUGCGUUCUCUGCCCCCUUGGCACCCCCGCAGCACAUCUCCGCCAGCACCACUGCCGGCGCUCGUCGCCAGCCUGCUCGCCUGCCACCGCUCAUGCCGCUGCUGUUUCUCUCCGUCUGUCUCUGUGUCUCUCUCGGUCGAGCCAGCCGCCACUCUCUUGUCCGGACGCGCCGAGAAAUCUUCUCCUCGGCGCUUGUUCCCUACUUACACCCCUCCGUACCCCCCACUCCCCGAGUUCUCGGCUAA